AUGAUUAGCACCAGCCGUGCUCCCUCGCUCGACCCGUUCGCAUCGGUGCGCACCUCGCGCUUCGAAAGCAAGGAGACCGACCGGCUCACGCGUGCCCGAGCGCGGCUGUCGUACGUCGAGAGUGGUUUCGGCUAUGGAUGGUGUGCGGCGAAGCGGCCGCUCACCAACGCGCUGGUGCUGGCGGCGUGUUUUGCUCUCUCACUCGACAUCCUCGAGCAGUUCUCCCUGCAGGGUCGGUCGCUCGCGGAAGUGGAUUGGCGGCGAGCACUCGGAUUCGGCCUCUUCGGGCUACUCUACCUCGGCCUCUUCCAGUAUGCUUACCUAAUCUUCGGCUUCAAGGCGCUUCCGCCGUGCUGCCUCCGCCAUGCUAGCAAGAGCUGCUGCCGGGCUAGAGGACCCACCACCUCACCGCUGCGAGCUCCGGAGCAGGCCCUCUUCCCUCGCGCCGAGGCCUUUGGGGCGGCGUCGCUUCGAGACAAGGUCUCCGAUCCGCGAGGCAUGCUCGACGUGCUGCUGCAGACGGGCAUCGACGCGAACUGGGAGCACGACGCCCGCGCCGUCGUCUCCCUCUGGGCGCCGAUCGACGUCCUCUCCUUCAGCGCGCCACUCCACUGGCGCCUGCCGCUGCGGUACGUCCUCUCGCUCCUCUACGCGCUCGGCCUCUCCCUCGCAGACCACGGCGGCGCCUCGCCCGGCCUGCACACAGCCCUCGGGGCGGGCGAGUGGGUGGAGGCGACCGAGGAGCACUCGGCGGGAAUGCGUUACAACUCGUACAACGACGUGGACGAUCCCAACAGCGGCCGGGGGAGUUUUAUCCGGCAAUUGUGUUGGAUCAUCAUCAUUUUUUCGGUACGCGGAUAA